AUGUUAAAAAAUUUUUGUGGAUUUUCAAAUAAGUUAGUUAAAAUUACAAUUAACAACAAAAUUUACUUUAAUUUCAAUAUUUUAGGUUCAAAAGAUGUUAGUUAACUAAUAAGAGAUUAUAAAGAAAACUCAAAAUCAAAAAGUAAUGAUUGGAUUAAUGAUUUGUUAAAAGAAAUUUAGUAUUAAAUUGAAAAUUCUCAUAAUCAAGCUGUAAAUUAUUCAAAAAAUGGAAAUUUUAAAGAUGCUGAACUUGUCUUAUAAAAAAAUUGUAAUGCUCUUUAAGAUUUACUUUCUGAUAUUAAUAUUGAGAUUCAACCAAAUUUUGAAAAUAUCUAUCUAGCAAAUGCAAAAUCUAGCUUACUUCUUGGAGAUUGUUACUUAAGACAAUCUAAUUUUGAUUAAGCAGAUUCUUCUCUGUUAUAUUCCUUAAAUAUUUUAAAUCAAAUGAAUCCUAAAAUUGAUAAGGUAUAAAUUAAUCUACUAGAUACAUUAAUUCUUUAAUAUUAGUAAAAUUUAUAUUCAAUCUUUGAUGAUAAAUAAUUAAAAGAAAUUGAAGAUAAAAUUAAUGAUCUUAUAAAAAAUUCUUAAAAUGAAGAAUUGUAAAUGAAAUAUCAAAUAUUUAAAAUUAAAUAUUUAGAAGAAGAUAAAGCAUAAAUUGAUAAAUUAUUCAAUUUACUAAAAACUUCAGAAUAAUCAUCUACAGAUUUAACAAAUUUUUUGAUGAAACAAGCAAUGAAUAAAGGAAACUCAAAAUCAGCACUCUUUUACUGCAACAAAUUAUUAAAUUCCUUAAUUACAAACUAUGAUCCUAAUCACUAUUUAUUUGAGUCAUCCAUAACUAAUUUUUUUGCUUUAAGUAGAGAAAAUUAAGAGUAAAAUUAAUAUGAAGAAUUAAUAUAAAAAAUAAAAUUAAAAUUUUUUAACUAAGGAUUUGAAGCAUUAGAAAAAAUAAUCUUAUUUGAGUAAAUAUUAAAUUAAGGAUUAUAAUUAAUAAAUAAGCAAUCCAACAUAGAUUAAGUAAAAUUUGUUUAAUUUUUAGAUAUAAAAUUUAAUUAAUAAGUUAGAGGUGAUAAAAUUUACAAGUGGAUCUAAAUACCAAAGAUAUGCAAUAUUUAUGCUUUUGGGUUUGAAAAGAGAAUUAAAAGAGAUUUAAUCUUCGAUUAUUUGA